CGUCUUGAGGGUGAGCUACCGGCCAAUGUCUCACACGCUCAGCAGCGUUGAAUUCUUUAAUGAAAUCAUGCGCAUUUGAUGUCAUCCCUUUCAUUCCUAUGCUAUAAAACCAUGUUCUAUUUAUUUACACUCCGUGCUAUACCAGUAAAAUACAUCCCAGAUUAAUAAACUCCAACGAGCAAGACUACCCCUUUUGUUUUUUCACGUUUUCGGAUUUGUUAUUUAAGGUUAGGUUGAAGAAAAUUGUUGCAACAACUAGCCUAUCCUUCCAAUCCAUCUCCCCAUCUCUCUCACUUGCACUACAGCAACUGCCCCGGAAGCUUUUUCUCCGGUCUGCUACGACUGGUAACUAACAGAGUGGAGCUUUCUGAGAUGGGACGAAUUCCAUGCUGCGAGAAAGACAACGUCAAAAGGGGUCAGUGGACCCCGGAGGAAGACCACAAGCUCUCUUCCUACAUUGCUCAACAUGGCACCCGCAACUGGCGUCUUAUACCCAAACAUGCUGGUUUACAGAGAUGUGGAAAGAGCUGCAGAUUACGGUGGACCAACUACCUCCGUCCUGACCUUAAGCACGGCCAAUUCUCGGAUGCAGAAGAGCAGACCAUCGUCACUCUGCAUUCAGUUCUGGGGAAUAGAUGGUCUGUGAUUGCAGCUCAGCUGCCUGGUCGCACCGAUAACGAUGUCAAAAACCAUUGGAAUACCAAGCUCAAAAAGAAGCUAUCAGGCAUGGGUAUCGAUCCCGUCACUCACAAGCCUUUCUCUCACCUCAUUACUGAGAUUGCCACCACUCUGGCUCCACCGCAAGUUCCCCACUUGGCAGAAGCAGCCUUAGGGUGUUUCAAGGAUGAGAUGCUCCACCUCCUCACCAAGAAACGUAUUGGCAGCUACCAAAUGCAGCAAAUAGGUUUAACACCAGUUAACACAGCAGCUACACAAGUUAAGCAUGAGGAUAGGGACGAAACCAUUGAGAAGAUUAAGUACGGAAUAUCAAGAGCCAUAAAGGACCCUGAAACUUCACCUACAAACAAGCCUUGGGACCCUGUUGUAGCAGGACCCGCAAAUUUUGCUGGAAGCUGCAAUGCAUUUGCUGCCCCAGAUUCCGGGUUUCAUUAUGGCCUUUCAUCCCUUGUCAAUGAAGGAAAUGGAUCUGCAUGGAACCAGAGCAUGUGCCCUGGAAGCAGUGCAACAGGAGACCGACAAUGCCAGCUGGAUGAGAAACUCGAAGAUGAAAAUGGUCAAGACUGGAAGGGUGGAAAAGAAAUGAGAGAUGGGGCCACCCUUUUCAAUUCAGACUGCGUUUUGUGGGAUUUACCAUCUGAAGAACUAAUGAGUCCAAUGGUCUAAGGAAGAGCACAGAAU